UUUUUUUUUUUCUCUUAUCUCUUCUGUCAUGAAUCUGACUGGAUGACUACUACUACUAAGACUGCAUUACUGAAAGCAGAUUUUGAACUUGCUAUUAAACAAUUUGCCAUUUUGACAGCUAAUACGGAUACACCAUGGCAUCUGACUUCAACACAGUGGGGCCCAAGUUAUUUACAACGGACGGUCAAAGUAGCCGCUUUUAAAUCAUCCUAUAUGAAAUCCCUUGAACCUUUGAACAAUGACAAUAUUUUUGAAGAUGACGAUCCCGCUUUAGCUUUACCUGAUCCUUCGAUACAAACCAUCAUGUUGGAUCAUCAUAUAGUUUAUUCUUCAACCUAUCAAGUGCCUGUGCUCUACUUUGAUGCUUACUUUCCAGAUGGAACGCGACUUGGAUUGGAUGAGAUUUAUGAAUACAUUGUUCCUCAAGUGUAUCAAGAUGAUUUGAAAAUAUCACCCAUUCAAGCACAAGGUGCCAUUACCCAGGCUGAUCAUCCUUUAUUGGGCCGUCCUUUUUGGUAUAUUCAUCCAUGCGAUACUCAAACCUUGUUACAAACCAUCAUGCAAGACGUGUUUAUCGAAAACUAUAUCAAGAUUUGGUUAUCACUUGUUGGUCCUUUGGUUAGAUGUAGUGUUUCCCCAAAUCUGUUUUUAUGAUUCUUAUGUUCAUUUCCUUUUUUCCACAUUCCAAAAAGUUAGAUGGAUACUCUUUUUCAACUACAUACACUUUAAUAAAAAAAAAAUUCACUAAAAUAGAUUUGUAUCUUUAUUCAAAUAAACAUAUAUAAUUAUCAUUA